AUGGUUUUCUCUAUAACUUCAUUCCUAGAGUCCGAUAACCUACAACAAAUUCGCCAAAAAAUCUUUGCCGCAGUCGAUUUCUGUCAAAAUGUCUCCCAUCGGCAAGAAGGAAAGACCAGCAGCUCCUCAAACCAAAUACCUUCGUUCCUGGAUAGCAACAAGGACUUAACAACGCAGUUCACCGAAUGGCUGCAACCGGAUUCGCCGCACCUGGCCUACAUUCCACCGGAAGUGGUUGUCGAGCUGCCGGCUGCCACAGCAUGCCAUCGGAAUAAAGUCAUUAGCUGGAUUAUGGGCUGCUGGCUGUUGCAGCUACUGAACCCUUUGAAAUCGUUGGAAAUAAUACGACAACGGCGCAAUGGUGAUUUGCAACGAUUUCAGUGCAAGAAUCCCGAUUUCUUGCUGCAGGAGUUACAGACAUUCUAUGCUGGCGCCGGCAAUGAACCUGAUCUGUACGUGGGACCGGAAAUUGAGGUGAUUCAGUACUUGCCGCUGGCCUUCAAGGAAUUUCUCGGUCGCUGCUUGCAGGUCGAUGUCGGAAAACGCGCUACGUUAGCAAACCUGGUACAGCUACAUUUUCUCGAUAUGAGAAAGUCCAUCGCAGAGCUUUUUGCCCUGGACACAGCGCACUAUCAAAAACUUCUGCCAACCGAAGAGCGAUUUUCAGUGAAGAAUUUACGCGACCAUCCGUUUUGGCGGCGUUAUUCGCAUAUGAUCACCGUUCAUCUUGGCGAUAUACAUUUCAGCAAUGCCAACGCGACGACCUCUGCUCAGCCUCCCUGGAAAACCGUAGAAUUAUGGCAAUUUUCUCUAGAUGGCAGCACAAAUGAGAAACUGAGGAAUGACCGUGAGCUAUUUGCAAAAGCGUACGGAAAACUAUUGCUCGUUACCGCACUGAAUGAUAGCACGGAAGUGCAUAGCAAAACCCGUGCCAGUUUCCAUGGAAUACGUGCUCUCCAGAAGAAAUCCACGAAUGUCCUGCAUCAUUUCGGAUGUCAGUUUACCUCGCCCAAGGGUGUUGCAUUACCGGAAUUUCAGCUUUUCGUCGAGCAUUGUCAAGGCAAAAAUUUCGACCAGGCGGCAUCAUUUUUCAUACCGGUUGAUAUCCUUGAAAAAUGGGUCACUUCAGUUUUGCGUGGAUUAGAAUACAUUCACGGUCACGGGAUCAUCCACCGUAACCUCAACAGCCGCAUUAUCCUGUUCACGGGACCUCCAGAUUUCCAGGGCACCAUAAAGAUUGGUGGUUUCCAGAACAUGCGCCAGCUGGAAGGAGAGCUCACGGCGAUCGGUGAGCUCAGCAAACGACAAGGGGAGGAUGGUCGUUUUGCCGCCCCCGAACUCGUUAAUAAUUACGAAGGCAAUCCCAACGUCGGGCGCCUUAGCGACAUCUGGAGUUUGGGUUGUAUUGUGCUCCAUCUGGCCAGUGGAAAGCCGCCCCUGUAUGAGGGACGUCAGAAUAAAGAAAUCAAGCUGGAGAUGGCGGUUCUGUAUCAUUUGAACGGCGACAAGAGGAAGCUGCCGGAGAUCUACGACUGGAUACCAUCCGGCGUUAAAGCGUUCAUUCUUCAGUGUCUGCAGUUUGAUCCGCAAUUACGACAAACCGCGGCUGCACUACUUGAUGGCAGCAAUGGCAAGCUUUUUGGAAAUUCCUCAGGCGAUCACAAUUAUCAACAAGGCCGCGGUGCUCCUGUGCUGCCAUUGGGAGUAGUGCAGUACUGGGAAAAUACCUCUGUAUAAGUAAAGAAAUACUGACUCUUAUGCAGAUGCACGUGGACAUUCCCCCAGGCUUUCUUUGCAUGUGAUUCACCGCGUCUUUUUGAGACAUUCACUACGGUUUAUCGUUGAGUUUUUGAAACACCCUUUCCCUAAUUUACAUUUCUUAAUACCUAAACCGCUUUCCGAAUAUGUGGACGACGGUGCUGCACAAUUUUAUCAUUUCUGCUGAUAGAAAGCCGCUGCAUGCGAUAUACCUACAUGAUAUGUAAUGUAUGCCUAUUUGCACUUUGAAACAACAUCUGUC